ACGUAUAUGCUCAAUUGCUGUGCGUUUUGAUAACAGAAACGUUCCUGUUGCGUUUCGGUUUGUUCAUGAAUCAACGUUCCGCAUAUCGUGGUAUCAACCACCGCGAGGUGAAGGAUUGGAUCAUUGACUUUCCUGGACAUAUGGAUGCGCCCGGUCCGUAGGUUAGUGCCUGAUAUCACAAACACACCACCUCAGGCGACUAACUCUGCAGCUUAAUUAAUGGAGAGUGCUUUUCUUAGCAGCAACUCAUGGAUGUCAUAGAGCAGGAGAUGACCUGGACCACAAGACUAGUUGGUUGCCCACAGGGCAAGAACGUCAUGGCUGACGCGAGUAUUUUUUUUUCCCCCAAGUGCCGUUGGUCUCCAGGCGAGAAGAUCACAUUAAAUGGGAUCAAUCGGGCCUUUUUUGCCAUGAUGCCAUCUCAAAACCCCCUUCCUGUAUGGCGCACGGGGAUUGGUAAUGGGCAUGCUGACUCCAAGCACCAGUUGCUAAAUGGAUAUCUCGCAGUGCACACACAUCGACGCCAAUACCCCAUGCUGCUUGCAUGGUUGGCUGCGUCGCAAUAUCCUUUUUGGUAUAUAAACCUAGCUGAGUGUUCUCUUCCACUCGACCCUCCUUGUUCAUCACUUCCACUUCGGCAAUGUCGAGACGCAACUCCCACGACCACACAUUUCGUUAUGGGCAGGGAAGUCCCAGUUUCCCACAUCCCACCACGCAUCGAGAUAACCAAGCCGUCGCGACUCAAGUGGAACGGCUGGGAAUAUCGCCCUCGUUGCUUGCUGAAGGGCGAUUUACGGUUCCCCAGGGCCCCCCUAGCCUUCCUGGUUCCUGCCCCUCUGUUGUACCAGACAUGCUCAGCUUGGCUCCCUGUGGUCAGCGACCGGCGCCGCAGACCUUUGCCGGAGGUCUACCAGCUGGAAUGUAUUGGCCUACCGAUAGUCGGAGAGCCCAGUCUCGAAUCUACACCUCCUUCUGGUUCAGUUGCUCGCAUAGGCCGUAGCUCGUAUGCUUCAAAUAUCUCACGCGAGACACGAAGUCCAUCAUAUCACCCGCCUCGACCACACCCUUACUUCACACCUCCUGUGUCUCCACCGGCUAGCCGCAACUAUUGUUCCUCUCCGGACAUCAUUGGAAAUAUUGAGCGUUCCGUACCGGGUCGGCACAGGCAGAGCAACCUCCGUUCAUGUCGCUGGGACACCGACAAUACUUCUUGCCCGUCCUCUGUCACCGGGAGCAGAGCUGGGAUCGAGAGCCAUCUGGGUGCGUAUCAUCGGGUCGGGGAUGACGUCCGGACAGUGACCUGUCUUUGGGAGGGUUGCACAAGGACACGGCCUAUGAGACGGGAGAAUCUGGCGCGUCAUGUCAUGACCCAUAUGAACAUAAGAUGGGAGUGCCCGGAAUGCAAGAAGCUUUUCUCUCGUUCGGACGCAGUCCAACGCCACGUCGAGCGAGUUUGUCCUAGGAGGGGCUACGAUGCUGCCUAAGUGGGGUAUGCACUAGGUUGGCGGAGUACCGUCAUACUGAUAGAGCCAACAAGUGUCUAGUAUCCACACAUGCAUUAUGCAUUAUGAACAUUUCUACUGUAUAAUUCCCGAUAGUCCACGGUCAUGUACACGGUAUUAUUUACCUAUGUUCAUUGCAUACAGCCACAGCAUGUAUAUUUGCCAAUGCCCUAACAUG